CACAUGCCAACAGUGUGGAAAGAGUUUCACUAAAAAAGGAAACCUUAAAAAACACAUGAACAUUCACACUGGAGAGACACCUUUUACAUGUGAUCAGUGUGGAACGAGUUUCAAAUAUAAAGAAACUCUUAAUUCCCACAUGAACAUUCACACUGGAGAGAAGCCGUUUGCCUGUGAUCAGUGUGGAAAGAGUUUCCUACGUAAAGUAACCCUUAAUGUCCACAUAAAGAGAAAACACUCAGACCUGAUGGCAUUAAAAGAGAAGAAUCAAGGACAGAAAGAAAUAGAAGAGAAAGAACAAUAUAAGAGACAUGAUUUAAUUGAUGUAGAAAAAUCCAAUCAGAUUGAAAUGUCUUCUCUAAAUAAAGUUCAGAAGACUGAAUCUAACAAGAACUUCACCUGCUCUCAUCGUGGAAAGAGUUUCAAUCAAAAACAAAACCUUAAAUGCCACAUGAAUAUUCACACUGAAGACAAGCCUUUCACCUGCCAACAGUGUGGAAAGAGCUUCAUUCACAGAGGAAACCUUAAUUCCCACAUGAGAGUUCACACUAAAGAGAAGCCGUUCACAUGUGAAUGGUGUGGAAAGAGUUUCAAAAAUAGAGGAUCCCUUAAUUCCCACAUGCAGAGAGAACACUCAGGAGAGAAAGGAAUAAGCCUCAACAUUCAAAAACCUUUCACCUGCAAACUGUGUGGGAAGAGCUUCAAAUAUAAAGCACAACUUGAUUCCCACAUAAGAGUUCACACUGGAGAGAAGCCUUUCACAUGUGAUCAGUGUGGGACUAGCUUCUCGCACAAAGGAACUCUUAAGACUCACAUGACAAUUCACACUGGGGAGAAGCCAUUCAAAUGUAAUCAGUGUGGAAAGAGCUUCAGAAUUAAAUCAAUCCUUAAUUCACACAUAAAAAGUCACAGUGUGAAGAAUACUUACACCUGCAAACAGUGUGGGAAGAGCUUCUCAUAUAAGAAAUCAUUUGAAUGCCCACAGAAGUGUUCACAAUGCUGA